AUGAAACAAGAAUAAAAACAUUAUAAUACACUUGAAAGCUUUCAAAGUUCUAAUUUAGAAGAUCAUAAACUCCUAAAUGUUUACUUAUUUCACAGCAGAUUUGAUUCAAGUAAAGCACUAUCAUUAAGAGAUUCUUUGCUAAACUGUCGAAAUCUGACAGAACUGACUUUAUAAUUAGGAGAAAACUAAUUAAAAGACUAAGGAAUCUGUGAUUUGAGCUAAGUCUUUCCUUCCUUGAAAAAUAUCUACAAAUUAUCAAUUGAUAUUAGCUCCAAUAAAAUUGGCCCUGAAGGAUUAUCUGCGUUAAGUUUAAACUUAGCGAAAUGCAAAACUAUUACAGAUUUCUCUCUUAUUCUAUCUAAAAGCUUUAUUGAUAACUAAUGUGCAGCGAUUAUUGGUACUAUCUUUUAGAAUUGGGAACAAAUUCAAACAAUUAAAAUUGAUCUGAAUUUUAAUAAAAUUGAAGAUUAAGGAGCUCAUGACGUAUGUUAAUAUUUGAAAAACUCCUAAAUUCUCUAAAAUUUAGAUAUCUACUUGAACGAAAACUAAAUUUCCAGAAAAGGAGCUUAAGGAAUUGGAUUAGGGUUAGGAGGAUGUAAAUAUUUGGAAGAAUUGAAUUUAUAAAUUGGAGAAAAUCCAAUACGCUGUGAAGGUUGCUUUGAAUUAAGUUGUGAAUUAGAAAAAUGCUAAUAGCUUAAAUUUUUAACUCUUUCUUUAUUUUGUACUUAAAUUGGGGAUAAAGGUGCUUCUCUUAUAGGAGAAUCUUUAUGUAAAUUCCCUAGCCUCUAAAUAUUAAAUCUUAUUAUCCAUACAAAUCUAAUUAAAGAAGAAGGUGCUGCUAAUUUUGCUUCAAAUUUAUCUAAAACAUAGUUGAGUUUUAAAAAAUUAUCUAUAAAUUUUUCAUGGAAUUAAAUUGGAAUCAAUGGAGCUAAGCAAAUUUGCUCUAGCUUAGCUAAAAUUAAACAAACACAGAAUUUAGAGCUUUAUAUCAGCAGUAAUAAAGUUAUUCUUAAAGGAACAGAAGGUUUUGCGCAUGCUUUUUCAUAAUAUGAAGAAUUGUAAAAUCUAAAAUUAGAUCUAAAUUAAAACUAAAUCAAUAAUGAAGGCUUAUCUGAUAUAGGAUCUGGUUUAUCAAUGUGUAAAAAAUUGAUAAAUUUGACAUUAGGUCUUUAAGUUAACCAUUUAGGAAAUGAAGGAGCUCAAAAAAUGUGCUCUAGUUUAGUGAAUUUCAAAAAUCUUAAAUACCUAGUAUUAAAUUUAAAUUCAAACGGCAUAACCAAAGAAUUAGGCAUUAGAGUUGUAUAAAAGCUAAAAAAAUUAUCUAAAUUAGUUUAUUUAUACAUUAUUAUAUGA